UUUUGUAAGGAACAAUGGCGAAAAUUGUUUCCCUAAGGUUCAGUUAAAACCUAUAAAUUUGGGCGAUUCUGUUGGGUAUUUUAAGUUGGGCUUGGUUUACUGAGCGUUUUAGAAGAAAUCUACAUAAGACAAAGAUUCAAUUCUUCGACCAAUAUGCUGAUCAAGGUUUUGUGCUGCUUUGUGCUUGCGUCCACUGCGUAUGGGUGGAUCAAUGUGCACGAAAAGUUAGUUGGUAGAGUAAUCCAUGUCGAAUCACUUCGGACUCGAGCAGAUUACGUUACAGUCAGCGGUACACAUGACGGUGAUACAUGGCGAUACUAUAUGAUUCUACCGUCUAUUGGUGAAAGCGACAUUUGUUAUAGAGAACAUUCCAGUUUUCUUGUUCGUGCUUGUGCUACCGAUUAUGUUUGCUUAGAAAGUGUGAAGACUGAGUAUCGGAAUAGGUUUUGGGCAGCAGAAUAUCCAAGUGGUGAACCCAGAAAAACUAUCGUUUUAGAAGAGGAAAACUAUCCCGAUGGAAACACUCAUAUGCAUUUUAAAAUAGAAUGCAUAGAUAAUACAUUAACGGAGUGCAGAAUUGCGCCCAGACGAUUUUCUGGUUAUUUUGUGGUGCAUCAAUGGCAAGAAGGACGACAUACCCCAGGACGAUACUAUGCAACAUUGUCAGACGAAAGUCAAUAUAAAACAUGGAUCAUCCAUGCUCCCAAUCCUACAGAACAAGAAGAAGAAUUUUUUCGAAUAAACAACGAGUUAGUAGACGGGGAAAAUCAGUACUACCAAGAAGUGAAUGUUGGAAUCACCGACACAGAAACAACAACUCAAUCGAUCUCUUACUCAGUGUCAAUGGAAAUUGAAAGUGCCUUUAAGAUAUUUUCAGCAAGUGCUAGUUCUACCAUCAGCCAAACAUGGCAGCAUCAACAAUCUACGACUUACUCUCAGACGAUAAUUAGGGCAGUUACAAUAACUGUGCCCCCAUACACUAAUGUUGUUGGUUACCAGCUUGUUGGGAAGUACAACAAGCAGUUUGAUGUCAAUUCAGAGGCAUACAGGAUUACAUCUAUCGACAAACAUGGUAGUAAAACAGAAUAUUUUGUGCAAAAUGUGGAUGAAAUUGAUGUGGGAAGUCUUAUGCAGUCUGGUACACCCACUCCUUUGGAUAAAACAAAAAAAAGAAACGAAAGACAACGUGAAUCAAAAGAAAAUUCUGAUCAGCGUAUCUAUCACCACCAUGAUCACUAUCAUCAUGGUGACAAAAAAGAACUUUAAGCUCGUAUAUCCUACCUACCACAUAUUUUAAUUUCGAAAUUUGAUUUGCUUAUUGACUAAUCUGUUUGUAAUUUUGUAAUCAGUAUAUAAAAGAAUAACAUCAUGA